CUUCAGAAGAAAUGCCUACUCUGUCCCCUCAUUUUCCCCACUUGAGCUGAUAAUCGCCACGGAAGACGUCAAAUCUGCACUCGACGAUUGCAAAUAUACCAGCCUCGGAAAUAACUGCUCUUUCCUCUUUAUAACAGUACCUCUAUCGCACGAAAAUGCCUAAGCGACCAGGCGACGACCUUCCAACUCGUGCGCUGCGACCGAGCAGCCGCCAAAGACUAUCUUCAUCCCCAGCGGAAAUAACCAUACAGCAGGCGCCGGACGACGGGUCUCGUUCGGUGCUCAAUGUUCCUGCACUUCGUAAUGGAUCUCAAAGGCGUCCGACUAAAUCACCUAAACCUCACAGUGCGGGGGAGGUUUCAUCGUUCGAGGAUCCAAGUACCGGAGGUUCAGGUAGGAUCGAGGUGCCUAUCAUCGAUUGCUCCACGGAUGCGGUGUCACCCUCUACGAAACCAACAGAGCCCCAAAGUGCCGACACUGUGACAGAAGUAUCUUCGGUUGGGAAACAAUACAUGGUCAGUUCGGCUGCUGCGACUGAGGCCGUCGAUUGCCGCGCACGCACAGCGCCCAAGUGUUUUCGGAUAUCUGGAGUCCCGCGAGAUUGGAGUGAGGAUGAUUUACAAGCUGUUCUUUAUACCAUCGACCCGCCUUUGAAAGAAGAUCUGGACCACGAACUGUCGAUUUAUCCAGCGUGUUGCGGCUCCACUAAAACCGCGUUGCUGAACCUGGACACUCUUACUCAAUACUUCCGAGGGAUUGAAGGGGAUACAACGAAGCAUGAGCGGGUUCGGAGGACGGGGGUCAAGGCGAAGAUAUUCCUUACGAUCGACUGUCAUUCCUACGACUUUACGCCUUUAAACACGCCCAGCGGAAAAAUUAUUGCCGAGUUGAUGCACCUUUCCCUCCAGCUUCAUCCUCGUUGAGACGUUAAAAUCGGGUUCACUCUAGUGUAGUUGCUGUGACUGGCCUGGCGGGCCAUGCGUUUGGAUCCUGGCGCAGCCGCGAAACCCACCAAAUGUGGUUGAAAGACUUCUUGCCCCAAGAUAUCAUCAACAUCAGAAUUAUGACCUAUGGUUACGACAGCCGCCUAGCCGGGCAGCCGACAUCCUCCAUGAAAAUUUGUGACUACAAAAGCCACUUCCUCCAACAGCUCAAGAAUUUUAGACCGAACGCCGAGCACCGACCAAUAAUAUUUCUGGGGCACAGUUUAGGGGGUAUCUUGAUU